CUUAAACCUCUUUAGAUCGGAAUACUUGGAGAGGCAUGAGGAACAUAUCCUCUCGGGAAAACCACUCAGCAGCGGCCCUCACUUACUCGGGCCAUCCAAAAUACCCAGCAUGGAAUCCAGCGUUGUGCCCGAGCCGGCCAGUGUACCCGUCUCACCUUCCACGCAAGACAGUGCUGAGCGCAGUGCAGCUCAGAGUGUCAACGAGCCUGCCGCUGCUCACACAGAAGCAUUUGUCUCUCAUUUGACCAUGUCCAAAGACCCGCCCGAGGACAUCGCAGCCGAUGGAGAAAAUGGCCGGCCAGUCAUAUGGUGUCGGGUCGAGCUGAGGGACCCUGAGAAUUGGGCGAAAUGCCUUCUGUUGAAGGAAGACAGACACCACUGGCAGGGGCUGGAUCGAAUCGACGUCCCGCAAGAUAAGGCAAGAGAGAGCGACAUGGGAGAAAAUGACACAGGAAACGAAGAUCACACUGAUCAGUCCAUUUCUCCUGAGGAUCCUCCCAUACUCUAUUCAAAUCACUUUGUUGACCGAAAAGACAACGUUAUUGUUGCCGAUCCCUGGCCUGAGGCGUUGGACUUUGACAAAGAGCGUGAGAACCCGGCUGGGUCGAGUCUGCAACGAGGCGCAACCAUCAUCCAGUUCGUCACUACCAUCGGGACGAAUAUAGAUAAUGCGCCUUACUAUACUCAUACAUAUCGUGAUACCCAAUCAAUCCUGUCAGAUGCAACGGUGGCUGCGGACGUCAUCAGAAGGGAAGUGGUCAUCCACAGUGUACCAAUCAUCAACGUAUUCAAAGCAAUGGUUACGUACUUUCCGGGUCUCGAGCUUCUUGGAAUCACAAUGACUAUCCCUGAGCCAUACUGCGCCUUUUAUCAUUAUCACAAGGAGAUCAAGGCCCUUCGACGUGCUCUCAAUGCGCCGACAACGUCUCCGGUUGGAAACAUACCCUCCCAAACUACGCCGUUGUGGCACCCUGACACAUCAAAACAUCUCCAAAUUUUGUCAGACUUUAUUGAAGGAGAAAGCCUCCUAGAAGUCGAGUUGGAGCAAGAGCGUCACCGUCGAAACCCUCCAGUUGCCACAUAUCGGAUGAUGUGGCUAUUGUUCAAGCCGGGGACCAUGGUCUAUCACAUCAGCGGUGGCAGAGCAACCGCAGGAAUAGUCAUCUCGGUUCAGACAGACAUUGGUCGGAAGAGAGCGGGCCUUCGGUCGUUAAAGUUCUGGCAUCUGGACUUUGACGGGUUCAAGAUGGGCAGACGCGAAGUGAGCUACGAUUUCAAGCCAUUUGAGGGCGAGAAGAAAAUACUCGACCUCGCGGUAUGUCCAUGUGAAAUAUAUGACGCUCAAGACAACGAAAGCCUGCGUGAGAAGCUCAUAUCACGGGGCAAAAGAUUUUGGAAGUUUCUACCAGGAGUGCAGGUUGACUACGACGGCAGACUUCCGGAGGAGGCUAUUGAUUGGACAGGUCGCGUCAUCGUUGAUCCAACGACAUAUAUAAAACAUGCUCCACUAGAUGAAGAUCGCUUUCAGGACAUUCUAAUGCCACCUCUGGUUGGUAAAGUCCAGGACGCGAUGAAUACUAAGGUGAAGGUGGACCCAAAUUCGAGGGACAACGACAACUUCUUGCCCCGUUGGGAAUCUCCCGCGGAGAGGAUGAGCCGGCACCGUCGGGAGGCCCAAGAAUUGUCAGUAUAUGAUGAGGGUCUAUGGGCGGAAUACGAGAACAUCAUACCAGGUGAUACGACUAGCUUAGAGCUCGAUGUCGGCACGGCAGCCCGUGAUAGAGACUCUAGAUACCUUUUGUGCCCCAAAGAUGUGAUUGGCUUCGACCUGAAGACCAGAAGAUGGAUACUCCUUGAUGUGGACUGUUGCAAGGAGGUCGACUUCAAAGUUGAUGCCGUCAACAAUCUUGUGAUGAAGGAUGACAGGAAGGCGGUGAUCAAGUCUCUGGUCCAUCGAUAUACAGUGGCAGACACAGCGACAGCUAAUGCCUUGCGGGGCGAAGGCCCCCAGAGCAAGCUAUCUAGACCCUGGACGGCAGACUUCAUCAAAAACAAGGGCGAUGGUCAGAUAUUUCUUCUCCAUGGUGGCCCGGGCGUCGGAAAAACAUAUACUGCAGAGUGCAUUGCUGAAGCAACACGUCGGCCCCUGUUGUCGUUGACUUGCGGGGACUUUGGGACGGAUGCGACUAUAGUGGAGCAGAGGCUCUCAAAAUGGUUCCGUUUGGCAGAAGUGUGGGGUGCCGUCAUGCUCCUUGAUGAAGCCGACAUUUUCUUGGAGAGAAGGCAGUUGACCGAUCUGAACAGGAAUAGUCUUGUUUCCGUUUUUCUAAGGACAAUGGAGUACUACCGCGGUAUCCUCUUCCUGACGACCAACCGCGUCGGCAACUUCGACGAUGCAUUCAUAUCUCGCAUACACUCUGUGAUUCACUAUGAAGGAUUCUCUGACAGCGUAAGAGAACGAAUAUGGGAGCAAUUCUUCCAGAAGCUGGAAGCCGAGCGACGGACCAAGGUGAAGAUCGACCCGGACGCCCGCAGAUACGUGCUUUCUCACGAGGAUAUGAAGGCCGUUCAAUGGAAUGGGAGAGAAAUCCGAAAUGCCUUCCAAACUGCAGUGGCGUUUGCAGAGUAUCGGUUUUCCCAGCUCUCGCCUGAAGAGAAGGACGAAGUGGGUGGGAGAGCAUGCUUGGAAGCCCAGGACUUUGCAAAAGUCAGUGAGAUGACCAUGACUUUCAAGAAAUACCUGAAGUCUAUCAAAAGAGAUGAAGACACAGUAGCAAAGAUGGGAGGAUUUCGUUGAUGGUGUUCUUGUACCAAAAUAGCUGUCAGCAAUUAAUUCAUGAUAAUGAUAUUCAUUUGCCAG